CCCUGUGCAGUCUCUCCGUGCUCUCUCAGCGUACCGUGUGUGUGACACGCGUCCCAGCGUGCACGUGUGUGUGUGUGUGUGUGUGUGUGUGUGUGUGUGUGUGUGUGUGUGUGUGUGUGUGUGUGUGUGUGUGUGUGUGUGUGUGCCCAUGGCCUGUGGAGCAUCGUACACGGUGGUGGUUCUCCCUCUGCAGAAUAGCCGACACAGCUUGGAGGGACUGCACUUCUAUCUCUGGCUGCGGGAGCUGAAGGCUCUGGAGCAGGAGAAGGACUGCUUGUGGCUCGGCCUGCAGGCUCUGGAUCGGACCCAACUCUGGUACCAGCAGGGCCUACUGCACAACCACCUCAGAACCGCCCAACUCCACCACAACAUGUGUGAGAAGAGGGAAGUGUCCUCUUGUGACCUGCGCUGUGGGCUCCAGCGUGUGAACGGCACUCUGGGUAAUCUGAUGAGUGAUGCGUGUGCUUGGAGCAGCUCUGCCUCAGACUGGGAACACAGGUGGCAACACACACUCCUCACCCAGAUGGUGAGUCAGCAGAAUCUUCACAUCUCCUCCUUGCAGCUGUACAAAGACAUGCUGGAGUCCCAGUGCACCUGACACACACACACACACACACACACAUGCACUCACACACAUAUACACUGACUCACACUUUGUCCCUCUCCCUCUCUCUCUCUCUCUCACACACACACACACACACACACACACAGCUAGAGAGCAGAGCAGAAACAUGCAGAGUUGUAUGAAGUAUCUGAGAGCCAAGCUUGAGUAGAAGUGAUAUUUGAUCAGAAAAUGACUCGAGUGGAAGUCAGAGUAAUCCGUUAGCACACCAAGUCUUAAAGUAGCUCUUAUGGUACGCUUUUACAGUAGUUAACCGUAAAGUAGCUCUUAUGGUACUCUAUUACAGUAGUUUACCGUACUUGAGUAAGUUGUCCAUUACAAAACAUACUUGUGUGCUAAAAGCAGGACAGGUGGGGUGAGAACCCCCUCCCUUCGCUAUGCUGUGUGUGUGUGUGUGUGUGUGUGUGUGUGUGUGUGUGUGUGUGUGUGUGCUUAGUACAAGUGGGGUGAUAACCCCCUUCCUUCACUUUUAAUGAAGAAGAAAGCAGUCAGAACAGGUUCAGUUCAUGCAGCACUUUAAAACUUGGUGCCUACGCUUCAAAGCCGUCGAAUAUGCCAUCCAUAUUUUCACUGCUGCUUCCUUUUACAGCUGCAUAGUAAACUUGUGUAGAAAAGCAGCUACAGUACAGCACACUCCAUAAACACACUUUACACUUCACGCUUAACAGAAAUGCUAUUAAUGAAAAGCAAACCGUUAGAAUUUUAUUCAGCUCCUUACACCAGCCAACAUAGGCCUUGGUGUGCUAUGUCUUAGCUAUAUUUGUUAGGCCUUAACUCUGUCACCAUGUCUGCCUUCACUGCUCAAUAUUGGAGUUGCAAAUAUCUAACAUAUUGAAUGGAAACUGUGGCUUUUGUUUUCACUUGCACAUUAUUUAGCCAACUUCCUGCUUGAUGCUGCUAAUUAAUGCUGCUAAUGAAAAUGUAGUGGAGUAAAAGUACAUUUAAUAAUGUAGUGAAGUACGGAAUCUCCCCAUUCACUCCCAUCUCAGCAUUCCCACUCAGUUAUUCCCAUCUCAGCUUUCCCACUGAGUUAUUCCCAUCUCAGCAUUCCCACUCAGUUAUUCCACAUAGUGUUGUACUUCAGCAUUCCCACUCAGUUAUUCCACAUAGUGCUCUACUUCAGCAUUCCCACUGAGUUAUUCCACAUAGUGCUCUACUUCAGUAUUCCCACUCAGUUAUUCCACAUAGUGCUCUACUUCAGCAUUCCCACUGAGUUGCUCCACAUGUGAGCAGUGUCUGCCCUUAAGCCUGUCUACCAGCAGGGGGCGCUAUAGUGCAACAGCAAAAUAACAAAGUAACAGGCACUCUUCUGAUGGUCUUUCUCUCUCACACACAUACACACACAGAUUAAUUUACUUCACCCAUCACAUAUCACACACACACACACACACACACACACACACACACACACACACACACACACACACACACACACACACACACACACACACACAGACAUAUGUGUUACACCCAUCACAUUCAGAGACAUUAGCUGAUUUCAUUCUGCUCUGUUUUCAAUAAAUUGUCUUUUUGAUUUAACCCUU